UUGUGGGCCUUUCUUGAAGGGGCACACACGCCGUUGAAGCGGUGGCGGCGGGCGACGGAAUGGACGACGACCGUCACUCGACGGAUUCGGGCGAUCUCGACGAUGUUCAGUUUGAUGCUGCGUGGGACGAUAUCGUAUUUGACGGGAGCAGCAGCCCCGACAAGGGCACACACAAUCCAGGCCCCCGUGCUGUCCAGGCGGCCACCGACAAAUCCAAAGGAAUGCAAUCGCUCUUCGACAUCAUGGUUGAACCGACCAAGGCCGACGGCGUGGCGUCCGCCAGCCCAACGAAAACGAAGACCUCCCAAGACCCGUUCCCACCGGUAACUCAGCCAACCUCGCGACCGCAAGCGACAUUUUCUCCAUCUCCCAAUCCAUGGGAUGAUGACUCCUUCCCAACUCUGGCAGACGCCCACACGACAAUUCCGUUUGAUCCGCUGCCUUCAAGAAGCAACCGGCCCAUGUCACUCGGAACGACAGUACCACCACCAACGAUGCAAAGCGAAGGGAGUGAGGACGUCGGGCGAGUCGCUCGUGCAUCGUUGUCGUUUGCCGCGCACCCGUCAAAGGAAAUGCCAUGGCGAUGGCAAGAGACCAGUGUCGAUCCUACGGAUGACGAACUCUCGAGACUCACCGCGCCCAACCAUGCCACUUCGAGCGAUUCCGAGGACGAUGCUUCACAAGCUCCUGUCGCGCCAACCAAACGUCCCAUUGCUCUCGUACGUGACGACGACCCAAGUCGAACUCGUGCACCUGCGCCACCAUCACGUCCCGUUGCACCUUCCCAAAGCAUGCUUUCGCUGCCCCGACUACACAACCAUUCAGACAGCAACGUCCAGCCGCUUGCCCCUCUGGCACAGGAGCUCCUCCCAGCCGAAGACCUCGGGCCUCAGCGCGUAAGGUCCUCCGGCAGUCUUCGUCGUGUUGACUUGGACGACGUUUUUGCUGUCGCGGAGAAGACUUUCAAUGAAGGCGGUGGUCCCACGGACGACGAGACCGCUUGGACGCAGCUCGUAAUGGACGAUGGCAUCAUGCAAUCCGUCAAACAAGCUCUCCAAGAUGAAAGCUCGACUCGUUCACUUCCGAACGGUGUCCGACCAAAGCGACGGUCUUUCAGUAACUCUGUUGCAGCUACAUCCGCGUCGACCGCCCCCCCGAACCCUUCACUUGCUCCGCCGUCGACCACCCCACCUUUGGCCGCCCCCACAACGACACGAGUCCCCACCAAGAUGAGUUUGGAAGAAUCACAACGCCAAGACCUGUGGCAGACGCUUCGGCGGGGAACGAUGGAAAUGGUGGCCCCCAUCAAACGGACCCUUCCUCCGCCAUCUACUCCCGCCAUCUCGUCCGACGCUUCUCUUGACAACGAAUCCUCGACGUCCUUGGCAUCGUUGGCAGCCCAUCCUCCAACGACCACGAUUUUAGCAACACUCGACCAGAAAUUGGCAGCGUUCGAGUCGUACCUGGGAGACACACAAUCCCUUCGCGCGGAACUGAACACGGCCCGAGCCACGAUAUCGACCCACGUGAGCAGGAUCCAGGAACUCACACGUGAGAAGCACGCCCACGAACAGACCAUUCAGUCACUGGAAGCGCAACUGGCUGCCGCGUUGCAACUGCAGCGAAACGAUGUCGACUCAACAUGGAGUGUCCGGGCAUGUGCAUGGGAAGAGUUUGCCGUGCGCCAACAGCAACGCCACCGCCGCCAACGAUUGCUGCAAGCCGCGUGGCAUGCGUUUCGCGACGAAGUGCGCCGCACGAAAUCCCGACGACUCGAGGCAGCCAAUGUUGUUGCCGACAUCGUCUGUCGACGCGCGGCCACGCAGCAAACGCUGCGACGGGCGCUUUACCAGUUCCAACAGGCGGGAGCCAUUCAAGUCGGUUUCCAUGAAGCGGUUCAGGCGAAACGAAUGGUUGAGGAGUACCGCCGCCACACACGAGCGACAGCGAUGCAGUGUGCGCUGCUUUUGGUCACGAACAGCCGACGCAACCACUUGGCCCGAGCACGGCAGCGAGCAUUUUGCCGUUGGAAAGCCAUCGAUCAAGCUGGACGAGCCAAACGCGACGCAGUCCAGCGAGGCGCCCGGAAACUCCGAGCGUGGCAGACGAUGCAUUGGGCGGCCACGACGCGUUUGGCGCUGCAGCGGUGGAAGCACCACCGGGACACCCAUGGUUGGCAGGAAAUCGUGGAUGCAGCGGCGACCAAUGCACGUGAGUACCAGCAAGCGAAAGAAUGCGUGUUUGACUUGUCCCGCACCGCGAAUCACGUACGCGAAGCCAAUGCGAUGCUGACCACACAAUUGGCGGCCCAGCAAGACAGCGUGAACUCUCUGCGCGGGGAGCUGCAACUGACAAAGCACGGGUAUGUUGCGACAGUCGUGCGGCGGGUGGAGCGCGAAGGCUGUCGGGUUUGGCUCCAAGCAUGGCAUGACCACACGCUCGUCCGGCGGGCGACGCGCGACAUGCAAGCCACCGUCGCCGACCUUCAAACCCAGCUGGACGAACGAGACCGCUUCACCAAGUCGCUCGAUGCGUACAACCAAGUGCUGCAGGGGGACUUGGAACGGUGUCAGUUUGUCCACCAGGACACCCGCCUUGCGGUCGACGUGUUGACCAAGAAGUUGCUUCGGGAGGAGUCCAAAAACCAAGACGUCGCGGAGGAGUACGCGUCAGUGUCAGCGCAGCUGCAGGCGCUGUGCACGAUCGAGUGGAGUGUCGACCCGUACAACCCGAACAACACGGACGGCGGCAACCGACAUGACGUCGUGGAGCCACCUCUGCUGUGUCCUGUUCAACUCCUGCAAGCGAGCAAAGACAUCGUUGUUGACCGGCUCAUGCAAGUGUUUGGCAUCCAUGCAGAUCAUGUGUCUAGUCCGUGUGUGCCCGGCGGCUCGACCAACCCAUGCGCCAGCAGCUCUCCAGUGUACACCAUGUCCUGGGACAACUGCUACGAGCUUGUCCAGUCGACGCUGUGUCGCCGGUCGUCCCAGGAUGUGUCGAAUCAAGGACCCAUGUCACUGGCCGAGGACAUGGAGAUGCUAGCCCAGCUCGAUUCGUUUUUCCCACCACCACCCAUCACCCUUCGUGCGUUUGUGACGGCGCUGUCAGCGUUCCUGACGCACAUGCAAGCAAACACGGCGGACGACGGUGUGCGGCAACGUCUUGCGGGGUUCUGGCGGUCGUUCAUUGAUGCGUCCGACGGAGACGUCGGUCGACCGGCUACGCCAUCGAUGACGGCAACAUGGACGCGCAAACACAACAAGCUGAGCGACGACAUCAUCCAAAAUCAAGAAAAACUCUUGGCGGUGCUCGAGCACGAAACUGCAGUUGUCGAGCGGGCAGUGUUGGACAAGGCGUCGUUGAAGCACACGUACCCCGCUGACGACGGCGAUCCCACCGACUCGUCACCCCCAACUGCUCUCCCAACUCCAUCCGCCGUCGACUCGACGGUCCCUGGCUGCCCCCAGGACUGGGCGGCGCUCCCCCAAGUGCGAGACCUUGUCCUCGCUUAUCAAACCCCCCUCUUGCAACUGUUUGUAAAGUACGCUGCCCCGCACGCUGUGGCAACAUCAGCCGCGUCUCCAUGUGCGUUCGAUCAACAGAUCCAACUCGCUGUCCACGCGAUGGUCCCUCGCGACGUCGCGAUGACUCUUCAAGGGGUGCUCAAGCUCUUCGAGGACCUGAAGCUCUUUCCCGUUGUGUUUGCCCCCGACACGAUUGCGCGCUACUUUACGGCCAUGGCGACGCCACACCAUUCGUCGUCCCAGGCACACUCGUCUGCGUCAGCGCACCCUCCAUUGAUGUUGACAUGCCCUGGGUUCAUCAGGCUCUUUGGCGCGUGCAUCUUGGCGACAUAUGCAGGCCGCCCGACAUCCAUGUCGAUUCGCGAACGCCUCCACACAUUUUUCUACGAACUUCCCUGGACAGCCACCGCCACGAGACAUCCCAAACCGUGCUACGUCGGCCAAGAGAUCGAGAGCAUGCUGUGGCCGUUGUUCGAGUACUACUGCGACAGCGGUGGGAAUGGACCACCACCACCAGCAGCCAGUGGUCGUGCCACGCGAGUGGCGUCGUCGGACACCCGCUUGACCAUGACAGCGACCACAUUUUGCCGGUUCAUGGCCGACAUUGCCGGCCUCGACAAGGACGGCGGUCGGUCUGACGCCGAGCUCAUGUUUCGAAAAGCUGUUCGGGCGAGCCGAGGAAGCACGCUGGCGUCCCGGAUGGACUUUGACGAAUUCUACAUGGGCAUCUACUACAUGCACCAGCUUCGCGACACGACCAAGCGAUACGAUAGCCCUGGCGAUGCCGUGCGCGAAUGGAUGGAGCUUCUUUAAGUCGCUAAGGCACGACCGAUCUUGAUGCGGACUCCUCCGUAGCAUUGCAUUGACCAUGCGAAUCGCAUGUGGAUGAGCAGUUAUAAAAAACCGUCACCG